AUGGACUAUCAGGCUCUCCUAGAGCGCACUCGAUUACCACAACCAUCACUCCAAAAACUCGCAGUUAUCUCCAUUUUCCAGAACCUCCGAUCAUCUUCUCUAUCCGGUCCCGAUUUCGAUCGAGCCGUAAACGCCGUUGCGCAAUGUUUAAACUCAAAUUCACCGGCGGUUAUCGAUCAAUCGGUUCGAGAGGUUUGUUUACUUGUAAAAGAUUCCAAAUUGGAUGUUAGUAGAGGCUUAUUGGAACUUCAGUCGGCUUUAGAAGGCACUCAUUCUCGGUUUGUGAAUGUUUUUGUUAAAGCGAUAGGGUUUAUUGUUCAGUUAGGGUUUCGAAAUGAUGUCCAGGGGUUUAGGUUUCCGUCGGCCGAAGCUCAUCCUUUUGUUAAGGUACUUUCUUGCCGAAAAGAGGUUCAUUCUGAGCUCGUGCGACAGGUUCUUGCAUUUAUUAUGCAGAAUCGCCAUUUGGGAAUGGAUGGCGUAUGUGAAUUUUUGAGACCAUUUUUAAACUUUUUGGUUUUACAAAUGUCAUCUUCAGCUAUAGUGUCUUUCUUGGCUAAAAACCUUUUAUCCUCGAUUGCAUCAUUGUGUUGUUCAUUUCCUGAAGAUGCACUUCCUGUUUUCAAGCUGUUGAUGAGAUGCUUUAAGCAUAUGCAUCGUGAUAGUGCAGAAAAUGUGGCUCGUGUUUCUCAUCUCAUGGAGACUACCGUUGACGCAUUUGUUGCGGUUUUGAGCCACUUGGCUGGUGAUGAUAUGCUGAUUCAUGAAGCACAAUUAUGCGGAGCAGAACUUUUAGAGCUGGUCUUUUCACUGUGCAGAGAUAUUCAUAAAUUUUCUGGUGGAGAAGAGUGCAUCUUUGACAUGUCAAGGCGCUUAAUAGUUGUGCAGUCAGAGCUUGGUUUAGAAUUUAUACCUGAAGUAUCUACUGUGAUUUUGUCAUUGUUUGUUAGCCUGAUUCAGUCAGACAUAGAGCACAUACAGUUAUCAAUAUUAAAAUUGGUUCUCGCUCUUAUACAAUGGAAAAGUGUAAAUGAGACCAUCAUUGAUGUGCAUGAAGAGAUUUUAUUUGUUUUUCCCACUAUCAACCUCAUGUCAUCUCCUUCCAGAUAUGUUAAAGAAGCAGCAUCGGAGUUGCUUGUUAUCUUAAGAAAGCUCUCUGUGGGUCUCUUGGUUUCUCCCAUAAAUGAAUUGCUCGUGGAAGAGAGAUUUCCACGUAUCAGUAGACUAGAAGACAUUAUAUCCAGGGUCUUCCGUCAUUUGUGGUCUCAGGAUCAAACUUCUUUUUAUCUACAUUGGAUAUAUGAUAAAAUUGUUGAAGAACAAAAUUUCCAGAGAAGUUGGACAGCCUCAAUAAUGGAGUAUUGUCAAAAGAUGGUUGAAGCUCAAAAAUCAUCUCUUUCCAAGUCUCAGUCACAGGAGAUAUCUCUAUGUGAAAUUCCACCAUUAAUUGUUGCAAUUGCCAGUGUUCUUAUUGUACAUCCUACGUUGGGGAACUCUGCGGCGGAUCUCCUAGCUGUUACUGUCAGUAUGGAUCCCAAACUUGGCGUUCCAUUGUUUCUAGUAAUUAUAUUUUACCAAAACAUAUUCUGUGGAAAAGGUGAAGAAAUGAAUUUCCAUGAUAUAUUACUAAAACUUCUUAAAGUGCUACCCAACCUUGUGUCACAUUCUGCAAUGAUACCACUGGUAGUCCAGAUCAUCUUACCAAUGCUUCAGAAGGAUGCAAAUCCAGUGUUAUAUGCUAUGGCUUUGCGUCUGCUUUGUAAGACCUGGGAGAUCAAUGACCGCAUUUUUGCGAGUUUGCAGGGUUUAUUACUUCCGGAAGCAUUCACCCAGUUCAAAUGUGAGAGAAGUAUUUGUAUAAGUAUGGCUGUUACCAUUCGAGAUGUUUGUCAAAAAAAUCCUGACAGGGGUGUAGACAUUAUCUUGUCUGUUGAGGCAUGCAUUGAGAGCACGGAUGUUAUAAUUCAAGCUUUUGGUGUUCAAAGCCUCUCCCUUCUUUGUGAAGCUGAUGUAAUUGACUUUUAUACUGCCUGGAGUGUUAUAGCGAAGUAUGCCCUGAGAUACUCCAACGAUCCAGUUGUUGUAAAUAGCAUAUGUCUGCUGUUAAAAUGGGGUGCAAUGGACGUUGAAUCAUAUCCAGAAAAUGCAACGAGCAUUUUGCAGAUACUAUGGAAAGUUGCCACGUCAAAAUAUCCAUUUCGUGCCUCUUCAUGGGCAAAUGCUAGAGCAUCUGCUUUUGAGGCAUUAAUCCAGUAUGAGGUACCUCAUAUCCUACAAUUCAUUCCAGAUUUCAGGGAAAAGAACAUAGAGGUGCUUGUUUCUGAGACUGACCCCAAAGUUCUCGAGGCAUUGGAGAUAUUUGAAGCAAAGAUGAUAACUCACGAACACAUAACUAGGCGAAGAGUAUUAAAGGAGAAAAGGAUGCCUGCCAACAAGAUUGAGAAAUUACUAGAUGUCUUUCCUCGGGCUAUUGGUCUUUCAGGAAUUAACAGUAAAGAAAGGAAAGUACCAGGUGCAGCUUUAUUUCACCUUUCUUUCAGUGCGGAAGAUGAAAAUAAUAAAGGAGGGUCAAAGGUUUUGCACGACUUACAUGCCAAAUACGAGAUGGCUUUAGUCGAGAUAGCUGCAUCACUACAGCUCUCAAGGAAUAUGAUAGUAGCACUUCUUUCACUGCAAUCCUGGAAACCUUUCCUGCAACAUUGGCUGCACGCUUGCAUAAAGCUGCUGGAUAUUAAAGCACCCACCAGUGUUUUGGAUACGACUUCCAAAGCAGCUGAUGAUAUUCUCAAGUGUAUGAAACAAAGGGCUGAGAAAUCUAUUCCUAGAUCUGCUGAAAAUAUUGGGCUAGCUGUGGGUGCACUUUGUCUGGUCCUUCCUCCAUCCGAUCAUGCUACAAAAGUCAGUGCCUCAAAAUUUCUUCUGAGUUGGUUAUUUCAGCAUGAACAUGAAUAUCGCCAAUGGUCGGCUGCAAUUUCUCUUGGAGUCAUCUCAAGUUGCUUACAUGUGACUGAUCACAAACAAAAAUUCCAAAACAUCAAUGCACUUCUUGAGGUUGCAUGUACCAGCAAAAGCACACUCGUAAGAGGGGCUUGUGGAUUGGCUUUAGGUUAUUCAUGUCAGGAUCUUCUUACACAUUUUCAAGCCGGAGCUAAUUCCCAUCGGGACAAAGAACUUCACGAGUUCCAGGAAAGUGACUUACUUGGAAAGAUUAUUAGGACCAUAUGUCGGUUAAUAGAUCAACACACUCUAUCUUCAACUACAACUCUCGAAGCCCUAUCUGAAUACUUCCCACAACUACCAAAUACUACUGAUCCAGACAUUACUUCAAGUUUUUUAAAUAAAAGUUCUGAUAAUAUAGAAGAAGAUAUAUGGGGUGUUGCAGGACUUGUCAUUGGUUUAGGAAGUUCUGUUACUGCAGUAUACAGAUCUGGAUAUACAGAUGCUGUUAAGAAAAUACAAAAUUUGAUUAUAUCAUGGAUUCCUCAUGAAAAUCCAUUGGAGCCAAUUCUAUCCUUGGGAGCUUGUCUUGCGAUUCCAAUUGUAGUGUCUUUUACCCAGAAGGUAGAACUAAUUGACAAUGUUAAGCUGAAUUACCUUGUGGGUGGCUAUAAAGAGCUAAUCAGCGAAUUAUUAUCUACAAAAAGUUCCGUGCCUUUUCGCCAGAAUUUGUUGAUGGCAUCUUGUGUCGGGGCAGGAAGUUAUCUUGGAUGCAUCUUGAAUGAAGGGGUCCAUUCAUUGGAUGCCAAGUGUGUAAAAGAAUUACUAGAUAUGUUCAAAGAGAUCUAUUCUUAUCCUCAACCUCCUCUUGUGCAUUUAGGUGCAAUGCUUGGAGUUAUAAAUGCAUUAGGAGCAGGGGCUGGGACCAUGUUUCUGCGCUGUCCCCUUCCCUUUUCUCGAUCUGGUCCCGAACAGAAGGAAUCCUCUUAUAUUUGUGGUCCUUUAUUCUCAAAUGCUGAUAUGGAGCUUCGUUUGACGUCUUUGAUACAAGAUAUCUUUCUUGUUGCUCAACAUUCUGAUGACCACCAACUGCAACACUUUGCAGCUUGGGCAGUUUCAUUUCUUAGACAUUACAUCUGGUCCAGUGAUCUUCACAAAGUGGACGGUGCAAAACCAAAUUCUGCAUCCCAAAGUUUCCCCAAUGAUAACGUAGUCAUGAAACUCAGCAUAUGGCUAAUGAACCUAAAUUACUCUGGGGCUGUUACCAGUCCACACAUCAGUACAGUUGCCACUGUUUUGCGAUGCCUUACUAAUGCUCCAAGGCUCCCACAGCUCGAUUGGGGGCCAAUCAUUAGAAGGUGCAUGAGAUAUGAGGAUGCUGAUAUAUUACAAGGAGAUCCUGCUUUUAAGAGAGGAAAACUGAGGGAAGCCUGUUUAGUGUUCUCUUUGGUUCAUGGCAGCAAUUUUAAUGCUUUGCUCACCUUCCUUGAUGAGCUCUUUGACCUCUCGAGGUUUAAGAUGCUUCAAAUGAAUUUGCAGUUGUGCAUACUUUCUCAUAUGCCCCAUACAUUAAAGAUAUUUUCAGGAUCUAGGCUUGAAAAGCUAUUUAGUGAUCUUACCACCUUUAUACAGUCACCAUCUUCAUCUGAUCACAUUUAUAAUCCAGAGCAGAAAAGCCUGCUAAGAAUUUCAUGCUGGAAGGGUGUUCAUCUGUGUUUUGAGGAAGCCUCUCUUGUGUCUGAGGAUCUUUUGCCUAGCCUUGAGAAUUUUAUGGAGGUUCUCUUUUCUCUAUUGCCAAAAGGUUCAAGGUUAAGGUCUUUAGAGUUGAGUUAUGAAGGGGAGGAGUGGUCCAAGGCAGUAAGAUGUCUUGGGAAGGCUCGUCAUGUAUGGUUAUCACAUUGUCUACAGAUUGAGGAGAUGAGUUUCAGUCAGGAAAGCCAUCUUAAUUCUGAAACAAAGAAAAAGAUGAUUGCUAAAGCGAGGCUGGUGGAGAUUGGAUCCAUUCCAUUGAAUGAGCUGUCACAACUGAAACCUUACAUAUUGAACACCAGAUCUGAUGCUAUAUGGGAAGUUCUGGUGGAAGUUGUGAUGGCUUUGCAGCAUGUUGAAGGAAGUAUUAAACGGCCAUGGCUUGUUGAUGCAGCAGAAAUUAGCUGUGUCACAAGUUACCCUACAACAGCUAUACAGUUUAUUGGUUUGCUGUGUGGUAGCAUGUCCAAGUAUAUGCCUCUUCUGACUGUGAACCCUCGUACUGUGUUGAGUGACCUGCCUGUAACCCUUACUUCCCUACUACUCGAUAACAGUCCCUGGGGGAUAGUAGCUGAAUCAGUGGCUUCAAUUAUGUGGACUUCAACUAAGCGUAUUUAUAGCUGGGUAUCCAAUGAAGCAGACUUUUCAACCCAACAAUCUAUUGAUGAACCCGACAGAGAGAGGGGUGUGUUUCUGUUAAAAGUGAUGCAUCAGACUUGUGUUGCUUUACAAGAUCAUCUGUCUCCUGAGCAGCAGUUAAUGCUUGCUAACAUGACCAUCCCCUGAACUUGUUCUGCCAGAUCAAGGCUCAUACAUCAUUGAUCCAUGGUCGUUUCCGAUAGAAGAUUUGGCAUAUUUGUGGGCUCUGUUCCGAUCAAAACAAUGCCUUUGAUGGUCGCGCCUAAAUUAGUUGUAUUCACCAUAUAUUCCCAGCUAAUUACACGAGUCAUUAGUUGUAAUAACCCUCUUUCCUUUUUUUAGAGGGCACGCCAAUAGUGUAUAAUGAAAGCAUAUUUUGUAAGUUAGUUUAACAGAAAUAUCUUCAUUACGUGUAGCAUUGAAUACAAGUACUUGUACGUUAUAGUUGAAUCAAUAUUCAUUUUUAUCAAAUUUAACUCUUGGCUUGUUA